GUCACCCUUUCCCAGAAACACCUUAUGGACUUGGGAAUAGUCCAAAAACAUUUCCUUAUUGGCAUCAUCGGUGCUGAACGUUUUGAACUAUUUGGUGCUUUACUGAAAAUAACAGGACGUUUAUAGAUGACGACAAUCCAACACUUUCCACAAAAAGACCACUGCUUUGAACAUUCUUGUAAUUUUAUGUCAUUCAUUUAUUGGUGUAUUUUUUGUGAGAAGGGCGAGCGAGUGGCUGAUUACGGAGUUCGGUGCGUCCAAAGCGCGUGCCCUUCCCUUCCCGGGCCGUCUUGCCCCCUUCCCAACAGCAGAUGACGCUCUUGUCCUACUCUGGUGGUCUUUUUCGCGAUGGUCUGCUCGCCCUGUUCCCCAGCAGCAGCAGCUCGAAGUUUACUGGACACGUCUUCGCCAUUCAUCAAUAUCCCCAUUGAGUAUCAACGCCAAUUUAUGACUGGCCAACAUGCGCACGUGAUCCCAUACAAAUAGGCCAUAUUUGGGCAGCGCGCAUCGGAUCAAGGAUUAAAAAAACAUACCAAAGUCCACUCCGCCUAUAAAUCCCGGAUUAUUUUUUUUUCUUUAAAAGCGAGGCUGUUUUUUUUCUUCUUUCAAACGUGGCUACCAAGAAAAGCAAUGAUCAACACAAAUCAGAGACGAAGAGCAGCGUCUAUCCAGCAAGCAUCUGGGCGGUAAAAGUGUGACGCGAUUUUGAAAAUGAGCUCUAAUAUUGACAGCUGCAGUGUGAGGCAAGCGGGCGAGACAAGUUGUCCGAUGUUUGGCUUCGUCAGUGGGAGCGCCACGUUCUCGCGGCCGCUCGGGCGGGAAGAGAUGCGAAGGAGCCCGAGAGGCAGCCCGGGGGAGGCUCCUCUGCCGCCGGGACCUCACACGCACGGCCGCGGCGCUGGCAGAGCCCAGCGGAGGAGGGCCCAGUCCGGCGGUCAGCGCAGCCACGAAGGCGGCCCGAGUGCGGGAAAGGCGCAAGCCGGCUCGCGGAAGGCGGACGGCAGCCAGCCGCAAAGCAGUGAGCACGAACCUCAGAUUUAUCCGUGGAUGACCAAACUGCACAUGAGCCACGAAUCGGAGGGCAAGCGCUCGAGGACCAGCUACACCCGCUACCAGACUCUGGAGCUGGAGAAAGAGUUCCACUUCAACCGCUACCUGAGCCGCCGCAGGCGCGUCGAAAUCGCGCACUCGUUGUGUCUCAACGAGAGACAGGUCAAGAUCUGGUUCCAGAACCGACGCAUGAAGUGGAAGAAGAACUCCAAGAUCAAAGUGAAGGAAUAAAGGCAAAUUGCAUCACCGCAUAUGCAGCGUGCAGAGAGCGGCCUGACUUGCGGAUGAACUGCGGGGGGCGAAUGACGUCAUGACAGCGCACCGCGCUCUUCAUCAGCAAUUAUGUGUCACGCGUUGCUGUUUGGGAGCCACUCUAUUGACUCUCACUCACAUUGAUCAAUUGUUUUGCGUUGCUAACUGGAUUUAUGUGGCCAAUUCGACGAUCAGACCACUUUGGGGCCGGCGACCACUUAUGCAUGCGCCUAAUUGGGAUUACCGUGCCGAUAAAACCACGUCAACUUUUCCCUCAUCAAACGUUCUCCGUGUACCAUGUUGUGUUUGGUGCGUUCUUUGCGAGUGACUAAUUAAUCUAUGUAACUCGAUACAACGGUAUGGUGAUACAGUGAUGUGUGUGUGUGUGUGGGGGGGGAUAAUCUCUGUUGACUUCCGGUGCCCUGUGAAUAAAUAGCAUCAUUGAUAGUUUCAUCGUUGACUGUAACCAAUAAAGGGAUGACAUGCA